AUGCGGAGGGAGAGUAAGGAGUGCUUCUUCUCUGCGACACGCCGGAAGCGCAAGGCCGACGGCGAGGACGACUAUGACGAGGUCGACGACUACGAGCUGCGCAAUGGCCGGAAGCGCCAGCGCUCAGAUGGCCUGCCGGAGCCUCUGAUCACCACGACGACCAACCCGGCGUACAUAUCGCAGCCUCUGACCCCAGGCGGCUCCAUCGGACGAUACGAACCGCUGCGACGGCCGAACACGUCGGGCGGCCACCAGCAAACGCCCAACGAGGAAGAGGACCAGAAGGUGAACAACGAGACGGUCGCGACGCUGCAGGCGGGCGAGGUCUACAGCGGCCACGAUGCGCUGAACCUGCUGUUCGAGGCGGCGGGCAUGAACAACCACCACCGCACCGGAAGCAGCUCGAGCAUGCAGCGACCGACCCUCGGCAGCACACCGGGCUCGCAGACCAACUUCGCAAGCCCCCGGCCCAACACCUCCCAUGCGCGCGCCAACUCGCGCGCCACCUUCGAGCCCUCGGUCGAUCCGGCUAUACAGCAGCCCAUGCUCCCCGACCCUCCCAACGAAGCUGCCUUCGCCGACGCCGUGAGAGCCUGGUCAAAGUUCCGCUUUGUGCGCGCAGGAUGGCUCACGGCAAAGGAGGCAAUCGCAUACAUCGACUACUUCUACGCCUUCCUAUCGCCGCUCACACCAAUCGUUGUGCCAGACUACCGCGAUCAUGCCUUUCACGCAAAGCUGCUUAAGGAGGAGCCUAUGCUGGUCAUCACCCUACUGACCAUCUCGGCGAGGUAUUCUCAACCCAGCGGCUCGAGUGGUGUUGGCGCAACAUCUCGGUCAUAUCUCAUCCACGAGAAGCUAUGGAAGUACCUGCAGGGCAUGAUAGAUCGCAUGAUCUUCGGACAAGAGCAGUUCGGCGGCGGCUUCUGUGGCGCAGGCCAGCAGCCUGGAUCCGACGUGAACCCUCUGUCGCGGAAGGGCCUUCGUACACUUGGCACAGUCGAGAGUCUGAUGCUCCUUACCGAAUGGCAUCCUCGCGCGCUGCACUUCCCUCCUGGUGAUGACGACGACGAGCUCGUUCUCCCCGACGACCCCUACGAGGCAGGACCGAAGGCUGAUAUGUACAAAGGCGUGGGCGAUAAGCGCAUCGACAGUUGGCUGGAGCCGUGCUGGCGCAGUGAUCGCAUGUGCUGGAUGCUGCUGGGCAACGCUAUGACGCUCGCGUUCGAGAUUGGUGUCUUCGACGAGACGAACGAAACCGAGUUCGAAGAGGCAAAUCAGCACCUCUCGCAUGCGACAGUGAAGGCCUAUUACCGGAGGAAGAACCAUCUUCGCGACCUGCUCAUCAUAUACGUCACCCAGACCAGUGGCAGACUGGGCCUCACCUCUAUGCUUCCCAAGCUUGAGCGGGACGAGAAUCUAGUUGGCGGCCCUUCACCACUUGAGCUAUACAAAGAGCGCAUCAGUCGCAUCAAGGCUCCUCCAGCCCAAUUUGGAAUGCGCUCAGAUGGCCAGCGCCUUCCGCUCGAGUCCAUCGCUACCCAAGAACGCCAUGCUGUUCAAGAUCUUGUGCUCGACUUCUGGGCUCGCAUUGCCAAGGUCAUGGAGAUGGGAAACCUGAAGUUGUUCUCCAAUCGACGCAAGACCAGGGAGUUGCUCAAGUCGGGAGGCUACGAGGAGAUGCUAAAGUUCUUCCAAGGGCCAUUGGUGGAGUGGCGGAAAUGCUUCGACCGAGCCCCUCAAGGUAAGACUACUAUUGCACUGCUCACACACUUUGUCUAA